AUGAUUCGUCGAAUUGUUUAUGAUGUUGAAUUUCGUGUAUUAGUUAAAGAAAAAUUAAAAGCUGCUGAUAGUGUACUUUUAACGGGUUCAUGUCAGGAAUUAGGCGAAUGGAUACCUCAGAAAUGUUUAACGCUUAAUCGAGAAUCAUCAUCACCUACAGAAGAAAUAUGGUCAACAAAUGUUAAAAUCGUUGGUACUGGUCAUACUAAAAUAUAUUAUCGCUAUUUAAUUGCACAAAUUGUACGAUGUGAUGAGGAUAUGAAUUUAAUUAUUAAAAAAUGGGAAACAUUCAAAGAGCCAAGAGUAAUUGAAUGCGAUAAAGGGCCAAAAGUAGAUGGUGAUUAUAAUACUAGAACAGCAACGACAUCAAAUGUAACACACAACAUUGAUAGUACAGAUGAAUUUCCAGCAAUAUUUGGAACAUAUAAAGGAAUAUGUCGAAUCGAUAUUGGUUGGUUAACAGGUCAAACAGAAAUUCAACUGCGUUUUCAUAGUAAUUAUAUGCAUAUUUGGAGUGCAAAACUACGCAAUAACAAAUUUAGUUUAAAAGUAUCUCCCAUUGAUUUAUCAUAUCAACAAGACAAUGAAGAAGUAUCAUCCGAUUUACCCGUUCAACAGUACUCACCAACGUCAAAAGUAUUCACCCAAUCGGCUAUAUUGCGUAAAUAUUGCUGUGAGACAAGUUUUCAAAGUGAUUAUGGAGCUGUAGUAGAAAAAGAUGAUUAUUUAAUAGUUAAAGUUCAAACAUUUGAACCAGAAAAUGUUGCUUAUCAUAUUGAUUUUUAUUUGGUUGAUGAUAAUACGACUAUCAGAAAACACGUUGGUUUUGCAUAUGUUUUACCUAUACAUUCAAAUCAAGAAUUAGGUGAUAAUAAGCAUUUGACAAGAAUUGUACCGAUUAUCGGUCUAAAACAUAACCCAAUCGGACAAAUAAAGAUUGAUAUUCAACUCAUUACACCACUGAAAGAUAUAGUACAAAAAUUUUUCGUUUCGUCGUCAAAAUAUUGGAGACAAGGAAGACGAGUUGUUAAUGUUGGCCAUCGUGGUUUAGGCAAAACAAAUACAGAGCAUAUUCCAUCAAAAUCACAACAACAACAAGAAAAUAGCAAAGCAAAAAAUAAUGUGGGAAGUGAAAAUGUCACCACCGGCCAAGAACAUGAGUCAUCUAAUAGAAUAAGUUUCACACCACCGAUUCUACCAACGAGACCUGUUCAGUCGCAUUUUGUCAGUGAAAAUACGUUGGCAUCAUUCAAAGCUGCUUUCGAUGCAGGAGCGGAUUUUGUUGAAUUCGAUGUACAAUUAUCCAAGGAUAAAGUUCCUGUUGUUUAUCAUGAUUUUCAAGUAGCAAUAACACUGAAACGGAAAGAGCCACAAGCUGAACUCUUUUUGGUUGGUGUUAAAGAUUUGAGUUUACCACAAUUACAAUCAUUAAAAAUAUAUCACGCUUCAAAGCAUGAUGUACCAAAACCGGAAGAUGAUUUAGAUGAAGAUGAUCAAAAUACGACAUUAAACACAAAUGUACCAGUAGCAAUACAGCUAAACGAUAAUGUAUUAGAGAAUGAUAUUGUUAAAAUCAAUCAUCAUCCACCACCACAACAGUCCGAAAAGAAAUUUCGUUCUUUGUUUCCAACAUUACAAGAAUUAUUUGAACAACUGGAUCCACAUCUUGGGUUUAAUGUCGAAGUAAAAUAUGCCAUGGAAUAUAAACAAGGUGGAAGUGAACAAGCACAUUAUUUUGAAAGAAAUGAUUAUAUUGAUCGUAUUCUAUAUUGUUUGAUGACUUAUGCAAAAAAGCGUGUCAUUGUUAUUAGUACUUUCGAUCCUGAUUGUGCUUCUAUGUUACGGUUGAAACAAAAUUUAUUUCCCGUACUAUUUCUAACGCAAGGUGAAAUUCUUACCUAUCCACAAUUUUUGGAUGUGAGGACAUGGAACGUAGAUAUUGGAUUAUGCUUUGUCAUUUCUGAACAUUUAUCCGGUUUAGCUGCACCUGUUGUUGAUGUUAUAGACAAUAGUUCUUUUGUUAAACGUGUUAAAGAAAAAGGAAAAUUACUCUUUAUCUGGGGUGAUGAAGCAUCGUCAAAAGAAGUGAUCAAGACUCUAGUAGAAUUACGCGUUGACGGUCUAAUUUAUGAUAGAAUAUCAGAAUUACAAGAUGAACCAACAACAAUUGAAAAUGUCUUUAUAGCUGAAGAACGUGAAGAAUUGGAAGUUUUUAAUCGUCUGCGAACUCAACAAUUAGAACAACAACAUUCACAGUUACUCCAAGAAUUGGAACGUUUAAAAUCUGUUCGUGAUAGUAAUGGAAAAUUGACAACGGAUGUUUCAACAAUGAUAGAUUCAACAAAAGAUUUUAAAGAUUUAAUUUCAAGUUUUGAUGAGAAAGCGUGGUAUAUAUUUUAUGCAGUAACAACGUUGUUGACAUUUGUUGUGGCAUUUCUUCUCAGUAGAUUUAUUACGUUAGAAGAUGCUGGUGAUGAAGCUAAAGCUCGUUGUUCUAAUUUAAGAAACAGACGGCAUCGAAAAAUUAAUUAA